AUGUCAGACAAAGAACUGCUGGCACAGAUCGCACAGGUCGCAGGUGCCAUCAACAAGCAUCAACUCCAGAGCCAAGGGUACUAUACCGCAUACAACCCUCACCCAGCACCAAUGAGAGGCGGAUACGGCGGCUACAACGGAUACAAUGGAUACAACAUGCGAGGUCGUGGCCGAGGACGUGGAGCACCCGUUCCUCAUACUGCUACUGGGCCCUUCAACAGGUCUCUCACCCUCAACAACAAAACCCCUACGCCAGUCAGCUCUACCAUCAAUACCGCACCCUCCGUUUCACCAGCUACGCCAAGCACAGCAACAAAGCCUGUCCCAGUGUCAACCCCUGUUCAAAGCAUGCAGCAUCGACCAACCAUCAACAAGCCUUUCGUACCCGCUCCCACCCCCUCUCGCCACCUCACUCUGGUCAACAAAAAUGCCGCCAACAACACAACACUUGGACCUCUACCCUCACCCGCUUCAUCCCCACCAAAGAACAGCUCUCUCGUCACAGCUCCUGGACAGCAAUGGAUUCAGUCAAAGGGCAAGAACAUGUCGCUGAUGAACCACUCGACCUUUAAGAAGACUAUGGUCGCUAAGGAGAAGUCUAUCCGCACGGCCAAGGAGAAAAAGCUGAAGCUGAUGCAGGUCAGAGCCAAGCGGGCUCAGGAUCUUCACCGUGGAAUCGUCACUAUGGGUGGACAGGAGUACAGCAGGAGUGCUGACGGUCGGAAGCUCGUUAUGCGAGACACCUCUCAGGAUAACAUUGUCAUCAACGGAGUCGAGUUUCGAAUGGACCCUAGAGGCAAUAAGCUUGUACGAGCAGCAGCAGCACCAACGACAGGCAAAUCACCUUCGAUGGCCACUGCCACACCAAAGGCACCACCUAUCGCUACACCCAAGCAAUUCUCAGUCGGAGGGGUUGUUUAUGUGCGUACUCACAGCGGCAACCUUGUCCGCGCUACUCUAGUGAAAACCCAACUUCUCGAGAAAAGGGCGGUACAAGAGGCACUCAAGACCCAGCGCAGCAGGACGGCACCCAAGAAGGCACGACCUUUCUGCAAGUACUACACCCGUUUCGGAAUUUGUUCAAGGAAUAUCGGCUGCCCCUUUGUUCACUCGAGAUCUCAUCUCGCCAUCUGCAAAAAGUUCCUUCGUGGUGUCUGCCCUAACACAGAGGCCACCUGCAAGUUGCCCUUUGCGACCGAGGGCUGGUGCGAGGCAGGAAUCAACUGUAAGGACCGCCAUGUCUGGAUAUGUCCCGAUUUUGGUACCGAUGCUGGAUGCAAGAAGAAGUGCGGACUUCCUCAUGUGCCUAAUGGCGGAAUCUGGGUCAAGAAGUCGUCCGAUGGCAACGACAUUGCAUUAGGAGGGAAUGACAAAACAUGGACGCGACCAGAUUAUCAACCUUCGUCUUCUGUUGCCAGCACUUCUCGGUAUACGGACAAACAGGAUCAGGAUGCAGAAAGUACCAGCGGUGGAGCUGGUACUUCUGCCGCAGUUCGGAACAAGAACCGGCAGUACGAUGAAAACUUUAUCCCUCUGGAUCUUGGAGAUGAUUUUGAGGCUCAGCAAGCUGGUAUACUUGAUGAGGAUGAGGAUGUGGUUAUGAGCGAUCAAGAGAUGGAAGAGGACGAGGAAGAGGAAGAGGAUGUGAGCAGUGACGGUAUGGAGACUGGCGGUGAAGAUGACGACGAUGAAGGUGAAGGCGAAGGUGAAGAGGAACUGGAUGAGGACUUGGUGGAGGAUGAGAAUGACGACGAGGAGGAGAUGAACGAGGAAGAUGAGUACAAUAUGUAUCAGGAGCAGCGUCGUUAUGAGGACGAUGACGACUAUUGA